AUGGAAACGCAAAAAGCUACUUGCAAUCGGUGCUUUCGACAUGCAGUACAGUUUUUAACAAAAAUCAGGCCUCAGAAUACCGACAGAUUGUCGAAAAAACAUCGACAUUACACAACCUCUGCACAGUUUUCAGACAAAAACAAUGUCGAUGAUGAUGAAAUUACCAAAUUAAGCAAAAGUGCCAGUGAUUGGUGGGACGUUUUUGGUGAAUUUCAUGCAUUACAUUCAAUGAAUAAAAUCCGUGUCCCUUAUAUAAAAAGCGUAGUGUUACAGCAACUUAAAAGUAACUCUAUAUCCCAAGUAUUGCCACUGAAACAUGUCAACAUCUUGGACAUUGGCUGUGGAGGUGGAAUUUUAUCUGAGGCUUUAGCAAGACUUGGUGCAAAUGUGACUGGGAUAGAUGCAUCAGCAAAGAAUAUACAUGUUGCAAUGCGGCAUUUAUCUCUCGAUCCAGUACUAUCUAGAAGACUAAGUUAUAAGUGUAUUACAGCGCAGGAACUUGCCGAAGAUGGUCACUUGUUUGAUUGUGUUGUGUCAUCUGAAGUCAUUGAACAUAUUACAGAAAAAGACUCUUUUGUGGAAGCUAUAUCUAGUCUUCUUAAACCUGGUGGUUCUGUUGUUAUGACAACUAUAGGACAAACAACCAAGUCUUAUCUUGCUGCUAUUGUCGCGGCAGAGUAUCUCACACGCAUGGUUUCACCAGGAACACAUGAUUGGAAUAAGUUUAUCAACUCUGAUGACUUGAAGGAGCUGUUAUCAGAAUAUAAUCUUGAAACUGUCGACAUACAAGGACUGUGCUUCAAUCCAUUCAUGUCUGACUGGAGUUUAAUUGAUGAUACUAGUGUUAAUUAUGCUAUCCAUGCUGUUAAGUCAAUCAAUGAACAAGAAGACAAGGAGUAAAAACCAUUAUUGUCAAUGUUCAGAACAUUGUAAUAGAGCAGAGUCACUUGAACCAUGAAAUAGAAACUAAAUACUUAGUACCUAAUAGGCACUAUUUAGACACUAUCACUGAACCAGAACAGUACAAAGAGAUUACUU